CAAAAUUUUCCCAAUAUGGCGGCUAAUAUGAAAAAUGCAUGCAACUUAGCCUGGUUAGUUCUUCAGGUUACGAGUGUUGUAUAGUUUUGCAGUGAAUAUUGCGUUGAGGAAGCCUAAUAGUGAAUGUUUAGACUGUCAGUAAAGUCAUGUGGUCAGAUGAUGGAAGCAGCAGAGAUUCAGUGGUGGAUCUAACAAACUCCCCGCCCCUCCAAGUAAAAAAGAGGAAAAGGGAAAUAAUCCCCUCAAAGCCAGUGUCCAAAAAUGCUAGCUCUUCCCAAUGGGUGAUGUCAUCCUUUGGAGACUUCGGAGACUUUGAAGACUGCGGAAGUUUUGCAUCCUCAACUCAGCCUGCAAAGAUGAAACAGUCUAAACUGGCCACAAAACCACUUUCUCAGUGCACUUCAAGGUCAGGUGUCAUCAAACGGCCAACUUAUGAGGAAGAAUUGUGGUCAGACAAACACAGUCCAAAAUGUUUGUCUGAUUUAGCUGUGCAUAAAAAGAAGACAGAAGAACUGCAGACCUGGCUCAAGAGAUAUCUGGAGUCUCACUCAACAAGACCCCCUGUGGUUCUUUUAACUGGCCCUGCUGGUGCAGGAAAAUCAGCUUUGGUGCAAGUGUUGGCUAAGGAACUAAACUGUGAACUGAAAGAAUGGACAAACCCCAUAACUGAUUCUUAUGGAGAGUCGUCUUUCCUUGACAAGAGAAGUAACUGGUCAGAUUACUCCAAGGUAGAAGGAAGCUAUUCUGGUUCUCAGAUGUCACAGUUCCAGCAGUUUCUGCUCAGGGCUAAUAAGUACAAUUCCUUGGACAUAUUUGGGAAUGUGGCCCAGGGAAAAAUCAUCCUUGUAGAGGAAUUUCCAAAUGUUGUUUACAAAGAUGCUGCAUCUUUUCAUGAAAUUUUAAGGAAAUACUCUAAUAUUGGGAAGUGUCCACUUGUAUUCAUAUUGAGUGAUUCCUCUAAUGGGGAGUCUAAUGAGAGGCUAUUGUUUCCCAAACCUUUACAACAGGAACUUCACAUAGAAAAUAUCAGCUUUAAUCCUGUGGCAGCAACAACAAUGUGCAAAGUUUUAACAAAAGUUGCAACAGAAGAAGCUGCACAUGGAAUGCACAAAUUUUCCAUGCCAUCCAAGGCUGUGAUAGAAUCUAUCUCCAUGUCGAGUGCUGGGGAUAUUAGAGGGGCCAUCAAUGCUCUGCAGUUUGCAUGUCUCAAAGAUACACAGGACCUUUUACCUGCCACAUCAAAGGGGAGACAAUCCAAGAAACAAUCAUUAAAGGGGGCACAGAAAUCCAGUAGAAAAACAGGAGACAAGAAUGCAGCUGACCCAGAUGGCACUUUAGCAGCCAUUGGUGGCAGGGAUACAUCACUCUUUCUGUUUAGGGCUUUGGGCAAAAUUCUUUAUUGUAAAAGAGAUGAUCCCCAAAAGCAUCCAGACUUACCUAAGUUACCUCCACAUUUAGUAGAACAUGAGAGAGACCCACUUAUUGUGAAGCCAGAGGAUGUAAUAGAGAAAUGUAACUUGUCUGGAGACUACUUCAAUGCCUAUCUACACCAGAAUUACAUAGAGUUCUUCGCGGAGAUUUCAGAUCUCGUCAGGGCAUCUGAAUAUCUCAGUGAUUCAGACUUUAUGACUUUCGAGUGGUCUACCAGAUCAGUAUUACAAGAGUAUUCAGCCUCUCUAGCAACGAGAGGGAUACUUCAUUCAAAUUCUAGUCGAUCUAAGUAUUCAACAGGUGGAUCCAGUCUAGGGUGGAAACCUCUUCACAAGCCUCAGUGGUAUUCCAUUCGUAAGACAGAGAGACAAAAUUGUGAAGUUGCUAGACAUUUAUUUAAAAGUUAUGCGUGUCCUCCUGAUGUUCUGCACACUGAGUUAAUCCCGUUUCUGUCCCUCAUUGAUGUCACACUUCACGACUCAGGUCAAAUUUCAUUUAUGAAUGAAAUAACCAAAUUUUCAAAUGCAACACUAAGAUCAGAAAAGCUGGAUGAGAAAGAUCUAGAGCUAAAUAAAGACUCGCCAGAGAAUGAGACUUGUAUAGGGAGCACAUGGUCUGCAAGGGUUGAAGAUGAUAACAUUUCUGAUAGCCAAUCAAAAGUUGUCACAGAAACAGUGGAAGAGGAGGAAGAAUAUGAAAUUACAGAGUUUGAUGACUGAUUCUGUUUGAAGUCCAUUAUGAAUGUAUUACAUAAUUUGUGAGAGUCAACACAUCAUUAGGACAUGCAUAUUGUAUGAGAACUUGCAGAUAUGUAUGAAGACCUGGAGUCUAUGCGAGAAAUUGCAGACUGUAUGAUGUAUGGAGUGCCAAAUUUAAAAUAAACUCAAAUAAUUGAAAAUAUCUUUCAUUAGUUGAAUAUGUCAUCUAUUCAAUUUUCAUGCACAAUAAUUGAAUUAAGGUGGGUCCUUAGUCCUGGAAUUUUGGGGUUUAGGUAGCAUUUUUUUGUUUGGAAUCAAUAAAUUAACAUUCAGAGUAAUGAAAAAAGGCAAAACAGUUAAGGAUUUCCAUAUUGAUUUUCAUUACAGACACUACUGAAGUCGUAUACCCCUAUGUAGAUUUUUAUGAAAUUCAUUGGAAACAGUUAUUUGUUGUUAUUUUAAAAUAAAAACAACAAAAUAUUGUUUGAAUUGCAUUUAUUUAUCAGGAAACAUGUCAAUAACUAAAACACAUGUCAUUUUCAAUAUGUUCAUCAAGUUUUAGAAUGAUAUGUGCAAAAUUAUUGAAUUGGCGUUAUUCUCCAAAAUGUUAAAAAACAAACAAAUGUGGACGCAUUUUCCUUAUUGCAUGGUUUACAUAUCAUUUUUUCUGUUUAUAUUAGUAGAUGUACAUCUGUUAUAGUUAUUUAUGGAAAAAAAUCCAUACCUUUCCUUAAUAAUUUCAAAUCUAUAACUUCCAGAGUAUGUAUACCCCCAUAAAAAAAUGAAGUCUGGCACCAUACAGUUGAGCUAUUCAAAAUCACUCGGGAUUAAAAUUUUAUGUACCUUCAUGAAAAGACACAGAUAAUGAUUCCUUAUCACCUUGGUAAAAUGUUAGUAAAAAAUAAAGGAAAUCUAUUGCAUAAUGAACUUGAUAAAAUAAUUUAAUGAAAACAGAGUUAUUGUCCUUGGAUUCAAUAUUUUGAAACAUAUCAUUGACUUUUCAAAUAUAACUAAGACUUUUGAAAUAUGUUAUGGCUAACAAGAUUUUUUACAAUAACUAUUGAAAAAGGCUUCAACAAAAUUUAUGUUCCUGUCAUUAAAUCAUUGACUUUGCAAAAUCCUAUGACGUCACAGGAGUGUGGAACUAUGUUAAUGUGUGCAUCAAUUCAGUUGAUGAAAGCAGUAAUUGAUUUGAUGCACACACUAAUUAAAUUGAUGUAAAGUGUGCAUCAAUUCAUUUAUUGCUCUCAUCAAGUCAAUUGAUACACGUAUUAGUGUGUUAGAAAAUUUGAUUUGGAGCUCAGUAUAAAUGAUUUGAUGAUUUCUUUAAUUCCCUUAAAGAUAUCUUUAAUUAUUUACAAUGCUUUUGUAUAAGGAAUUAAUGCAUGCAUCAAUUCUUUUAAAGAGAGCAAUAAUUCAAUCAAAGAGAUAAUUAAUUCAAUUGUGGAUAUGUUGAAUUGAAGAUAUCUCUGAUUAUAUAGUUGCUCUCUUAAAAAAAAAAUUGCAUGCAUUAAUUUAAUUAAUGAUUAUUACUCAUCAUAUCAAUUCAAUUGAAGAGAAUAAUAAUUCAAUUAUUGGGCGCAUUGAUUGAAUUGAUGCUUGCUGCAAUUCAAUUGAAGAGAGCAAUGAUUUAGUUAUUACACGCAUUAAUUGAAUUGAUGCACGCAGUAAUUGAAUUAUUGCUCUUUUCAUUUGAAUUAUAGCACGCAUGAAUUCCAUUGUUGAUAUCAUUAAUUCAUUUGAAGAGAGCAACAAUUCAAUAUUAUUGCGCACAUCAAUUUAGCAGGAUAAUUAAUGCUUUCAAUUAUUGAAGAUAUUAUUAAUUAUUUGAAGAUAUCUUUAUUGAAUUGUUGUGUGCAUCAAAUGAAUUGAUGAUGUCUUCUGAUAAUCGAAGAUAUCUUCAGUGAUUUGAGUUAAUGUUAAUUUGGUGCUCCAUGGUGAUGUGUAGAUUGUAUGAGAAUUUGUGGAUUGUAUGGGACUCGUAGAUUAUUCAGUUGAAUGCAGAAUGGAAAACAAACUAUUUUGUUUGUUGAGUUACCCAAUGUAGCAGAAUCUAACAACCAAUUUGAUUUUCAGGACUUUGUUGUAAAUGUUGUAUCUGGAAGAUGAUUACAAAGAGUGCUAUUUUAUGAAAAUACAGUUGAUUUCCUAUUAAAUCAUUGUUUUCAGAAA